CAACGGURAGUAUUGGCUGGCUCACUGGCUGCAGUACAGAGAUGUCAGGAAAUUAUUUGCCUCGCCACAAAAUCUGCAUCAGGCCAGAUGAUGAAUAGCCUGAGAUCCCCCCCAAACUCGCCGCCUGCCGACCACUAACAUGGCACCCAUCCUGGAGGGCACUCACACCAUCCUCCUUCUGUAUACACCCAUCCGUGAGCUCAGCAACGUCAGCCUCUACUUCCCCAAGAGGCGCGCCCCGAGCUUCAAGUACGAGAGCCGAAGCGCCCAUUCAGCAAGCGCCGCUAAUGACCAUGACUGGGGGAAGAAGAAUCCAGCAGCGUUCAAACAAAGAGCCCAGUCUUCUGACUCCUCAGGGAAAUUUCCCAACUCCCGGCGGGAAACGAAAGGAGCGGCAGAAGAGCUCUGCUGGCUGGCAGCUGAGCACCACCAGUUGCUGGUCGAUCUGUUGUCGCUGUGUCGAGACUGCGCUCGCAAAGUCAGGAUGGGUAACCAGGAUGGGAAACUCGAGGACUUCAUGGAGGGUCAGGCUGGAGGUCAGGUUCCCAGCAUCAGCAGUCAGUCCACUCUUGAGCAGAAGAGGGUUGCGUCCAAGAGCAAAAAGAUAAAGAAGCUGGGAGGCAAGAAGCUUGAAGAUGCUGAGGAUUUGUUGCAGAGUAAGAUUAAAAAUAAUUUUAGCAAAAGACAUUCAUAUGUGGAGGUUCCAACGAAGAACAAGGUAUCCACAGCUCCACAAGCAGAGAAAACCUUAAGAACUGCAGUUUGUAAGGACGAGUCUGAUAGCCCAGUGACUGGUUCUUGUGUCAGAGCUGUCAGUAAUCCCAUCCUGCCAAUGGAUGAACCAUUGACCGUUCGCAAGAGCUGGGACUUAACGGAGGACAACCAGAGUUUUGACCCUGUCAUGGAUUUCUGUAACGACUUCUCGGAGUGUGACGGCGAGCUCGGGUAUGGGUCGUCCUCCUGCAGCCUGAUGGAGGGCCUGAGCAGACAGCAAAACGACAGCAACCUGCGGCCCGUUAAAAGAUCCGAUUCUCCGGGUGAGACGUCAACUGGAAACGGUUCAACAGUCAAGUCUGCUCAACAGCUUUACAGUGAAAUCAACCAAAGGAACACUGGGGUCAGGGUCAUUGCCAAASUGCAGGAAGUGGAAGGGAAGGUUAUUCGUGUUGCUCACGCAAAUCCACAUUCAGGAGCUAGUAGAAGUCAGCAGGAGAGUGGAGAGUGGAAAGGACCAAAUGGAAACCAUUUCCACGAAGUCAGUCAGAAGAACACGACUUCCAAACUCUCUGAGGGGCUUCAUCUGCCAUUAUCCCACAUCACAGACCCCUCARCACCAGUCAAAUCCCACACAAAGAGCCCCUCGUCACCAUCCCUCGCUGGGGUCUUCAACACAUCCUACCCGGCUUCAAACAGCCUUCAGAGCAUGUCCCCAAUGUUGUCCCCCUUGUCUUCCAAGCAGGUGAGCCCGCAGCUCAACCACAGGAUCGUACUACUUUCAGAUAAGGACGAAGAUCUCGAUCGAGACAGCUCCAGUAACACAGACGAAGCCAAAAUCUUCUCCGAGCUUGUUGAUAAGAACGGCAACAAGAGGACCAUAACUCACCUGGAUCUGGAUCUCAGCAGGCAGCCGAGCAACUCUAAGAGGAACUCCUCCAGUAACUCCACGACAACAGAAGAUUCCCUCCUGCGUCCAGAUGAUAUUUGGAUGCUGGACGGCGAUGAUCCUCAGGUGGUCCUUUCCCACAUCCCACGUCCUGAUCACCUGGACUUCCUACGCAUCACGCCACCGGAGGAUGACAUCAUCGGGGACACUCCUUACUACCCCAAGCUCGAGUGCACGACAGAGGUUACAUCCCCUGCAGAUAGUGAGGACCGGACCCCCGGGCGUUUACAGGCUGUGUGGCCCCCACCAAAGUCUAAGGAUGAAGAGGAGAAGGUGGGGCUCAAGUACACCGAGGCAGAGCACCAGGCUGCCAUUUUACAGCUCAAACGAGAGCACAAGGAAGCUCUGGAGAAGAUGCACUCGGACUUCCAGCUGCAGGUCUUCGAGGUGCGAGGCGAGCACGCGGUCACCGUGUCAAAGCUGGAGGGGGUCGUCUCUGCGCUGCGGAGCAACAGGUCCCACGGCACGGGUCAGGGUCGCGCCCAGGUCUGCGAUGCGGCCGUGUCCACCGCCGACGACUUGACCCCGAGGACGUGCCGCACCGUGGGGAUCCAGACCGACCGGGAGACGUUUAUUAAGAGCCCCGAGGGGGGCGGAGCCGGCCCGGCUCACAGCCCCAACCAGAACCUGCCUAAAAAACUCAAUUUGGAUUCGAUCGAACAGAAUUUGAAAUCAGAGACGGGUCCAGGCCCUUCUGGGCUACCGCCCCCACCUCCUCCACCACCCCCUCCCCCUCUUCCUCCUCUGCCAGGAGGUGGCCCGCCACCUCCACCCCCACCUCCUGGCCUACCUGGAGGCGGCCCACCUCCGCCUCCGCCUCCUCCAGGCCUUGGCCCCCCACCUCCUCCACCUAUGGGUGGGUUUGGCCUGAAAGUGGAAAAGGGCCCAAGGAAACCUGUUGUGGAGCCCGCCUGUCCCAUGAAGCCUCUGUACUGGACCAGGAUACAGAUACAGGACAACAACAACAACACAUUAUGGGGUUCUCUGAAGGAGCCAGACAUCGUCAACGCCAAUGAGUUUGAGGAUCUUUUUUCCAAGGCCGCUCUGCAGCAGAAGAAGAAGCCCCUGUCAGACACAUUUGAAAAGAAAGCCAAAACUAAGAAGAUUAUUAAGCUGCUGGACGGGAAGCGUUCACAGGCGGUCGGCAUCCUCAUAUCAAGCCUGCAUCUGGAAAUGAAGGACAUUCAGCAAGCUGUUCUUAAUGUGGACAACUCUGUGGUGGAUCUGGAGACUAUUGAAGCUUUGUACGAAAACAGGGCCACCAGUGAUGAAAUGGACAAGAUAACGAAACAUUACGAGACUUCCAAAGAAGAUGAAGUGAAACUGUUGGACAAACCUGAACAGUUCCUCUACGAGCUCUCCCAGAUUCCUGACUUUGCAGGCCGGGCCCGCUGCAUCAUUUUCCAGUCGGUGUUCCUCGACACCAUCUCCUCCAUACGUCGCAAGGUGGUGACCAUCUCCGAUGUCUGCAAAGACCUGCUGGACUGUAACAGCUUGCAGGAUGUAAUGGGUCUCGUUCUGGCCUUUGGGAACUAUAUGAAUGGAGGGAACCGGACUAGAGGUCAGGCUGACGGUUUUGGGUUGGAGAUCCUCCCUAAGCUAAAGGAUGUGAAGAGCAAGGACAAUCACAUCAAUCUGGUGGAUUAUGUAGUUUUAUAUUACCUGCGCAACUUUGACAAACAUGCUGGUACAGAAAAGAGUGUUUUCCCUCUGCCUGAGCCGCAAGACUUCUUUCAGGCUUCGCAGGUCAAAUUUGAUGACUUAACCAAAGACCUCAGAAAACUAAAGAAAGAUCUAACAGCUUGUGAGAAGGACGUGGAGAAAGUGUCGACUAACUCAUCAGAGGAACACCUGCAGCCCUUUAAGGAUAAGAUGGAGCUCUUCAUAUCUGCUGCUCAGAAGGAGCAUUCUGCUGAAGAUGAUCAACUCAACGCAGCUCAGAAACGCUUCCAAGACGUGGUGAACUACUUCGGGAUGAAGCCAAAGUCCGGCGAGAAGGACGUGGCCCCGAGUUACGUGUUCAUGCUCUGGUACGAGUUCUGCAACGACUUCAAGAACUCCUGGAUCCGACAGAGCAAGAACAUCUCCAAGGAGAGAUUGAAGGAAGCUCAGGAAAAUAUUAAGAAGAUCACAGCCGAAAAAAGAGUGGAAACUAAGAAGAUUAAUGCCAACAGUCUGAAAGAGAGGCUGAGGCAGAAGGAAGCCAGCGUGUCCUCCAGCUGAGUCAAAUGGCGAGUGAUAGACGAAGAAAUCAGGGGAGCCCAACCCCCGCACCACCAUCCAUCUUGUGUUUACCACCUGCCUCAGAAUAACACGAGGAACCCUCCGUUCUGUUCCACUAACAACUCUGCAAAUCUGCACUCUCAGCACCAACAUUCCCACACCUCUGCCUUUUUCUUUUUUUUUUUUUUUGAGGAGUUUUAAAGGCCAAAGUUUGACCUCAUUCAUUCAGCGCGACGUGACCUCUGAGUGUGCAGCUUGGGCAGGUUUUCAGGGUUCAGUGAGAUGCUCAGCAGCACCAGCUGAUACCUCCACCAGGUUCCUUCCUGAGUCCUCAGAAGCUGAGUACGUUCACUUUUCCAGGUUUUUUUUUUGUUUGUUUGUUUUUUUGUUUGUUUGUUUGUUUGUUUGUUUUUUGCAUUCAUCCGACAACAUCCAGAACACGACGCAAAUGUUCGGAUCCCAGUUUUUAGCUGGUGGUGCUGUUUUAGGAACAGAUCCUGGCUGUGCGUGCUGAGAGGAAAAUAUCUGUUGACGAAACAGAUCUUUCUCGCUCUCGAAGCAGGAAAUUAGCAGCUCCCAGUGUCCUUCACAGUAGCGGAUAACUUUUAUUCAC